GUUGGCGCCCGCGCCGGAGCGAGCGGUGGUUGUCUUUUCCGUUCCUUGGUGUGCGGUCCGAACCGAGGCGGGUGCUAUUCAUGGCCUAGGAGCCCAGUUUUUGGGACAGGAACCAUGCCCGUUCAAGUGCUGAGAGGAUCCGCCAGGGUGCUGAAAAACUCCCUGCCGAGCUACCUGCAAAAAGUUGAUUUCGAGCAUUUGCAGCUGGGAUGCGACUGUGCCAACAAAUACGUGCAGGGAACAGUUGUUGAAUUGCAACAUAUAACUGGUCGUGGAAAUAGGACUUCAUUCAAGACUGUGCUUCAAGAGUCAGAAAAUUCAGAUUCUGGGACUGGUACCAUCAAUACUUUCAUGUUUGGGAAGUUGGCGGAGGAUUGUGCCAAAGUUACAAAUCAAGGAGACAUCAUGAUAGUAACUGGAUUCAGCUUGGCUGAGUCCAACAGUGAAAAUGACAAACAUUGCUGUCAACUAGAAGUAUCUGAUGAAGCUGGGUCGAUUAUUUAUAUUUCAUCUAGGUCAUCACGUACAGCAGCUGGGUCAGAAACAGUAGCCAUGCCUGUUUCCCCAAAGUACACAUACACCCCUCUGAAUCGUCUUAAAGGAGGUACUGUAGUCAAUGUAUAUGGUGCUGUGAAAUUCUUCAAGCCUCCAUAUAUCUGCAAAGGAACUGACUUUUGUUCAGUGAUAACCAUUGUGGACCAAUCCAAUGCCAAAUUGAUAUGCACAUUGUUUAAUGCGAACAAAAAUGCCCUUCCAGAAGUCUACAGAAAUGGUGACAUAGUUCGCUUUCACAGAAUAAAGGUCAGUGAGUUUAAUGGCCAACUUCAAGGGCUUUCCAAUUGUGGAUUUGCAGCACUUACAUUUGAUGGCACCAUAGGAGCACCACUGACUCCUCGAUCAACCAGCAAAUUAUUCACCUUUACAGAUGAAGACAAAAAAACCGUGGAAAACCUGCGCAUUUGGGUGGCAAGUAACUUUCAGAACUCUGCACCAUCAGCAAAACUAUCUCACAUCCAACAGUCAAUGUAUUUUGAACUGACUUGCCAGCUGGUUGGGAAAGCAAAAGUGGAUGGGUCUUCCUAUCUUCUCAAGGUGUGGGAUGGCACAAAAUGCCCUUUCCCUUCAUGGAAGGUACUUGUUAAAGAAGAUGACCUUGAAGGAGAUGGCAUCCUCAUCAAUCAGCUUAGAAAUCUGACAGUGGACAUUGUAGUUUACGAUAAUCAUGUACAGUUAGCCAAAUCACUGAAGGUUGGAAGCUUUAUUCGAAUGUAUAAUUUGCAUGCAAAACCCCAAGGUCUUGAAGGCAGAUCUGAUAUUUCAUAUAUCCAGUUUCAUCUUCAUGGGGGCACUGGCUAUGGUCGUGGAAUUAUAGUCCUGCCAGAAAGCUAUGCUGAUGUCAAGGAACUAAAGGCAUUCUUGGACUCUGUAGAAGUGACAGAGAAUGAGUGUUCAGAAGGAGCUUCUUCUUCUGAACUUGAGCAUACUUAUGGUCCAUUAGGAUCCUAUAUGGAAAGAUGCCAACAGUUAUCUGUUACAGUGCUAACAGAUCACCAGCAUUUUGAUACGACCGCACUGGCCACUAUUAUGAAUAGCAGGAUUCCUCAGCCAUAUCGCAUCAGAGCUAAGCUGACAAAGUUUGAACCCAAGAAGCUCUAUCAAUCUGUUAAACUUCAUUGUCCACAGUGCAAUUUGUUGGCAGAGGUUCCAGAUGAGGCUGAGCUUGAUUCACUUCUGCAAGAGGCUUCAGCUACGUGCUCAAAUUCAGAUUUGCUAACUACAUCCUUCUGCGAAGCUGUUGCAUGGGAUACUGAAAACAAGGAACAGCAACGCAUAGUGGUUCAUUUUGUAAAACAUGACGAUCUACUUCGAAAAGCUGAAGAUGGCAUAAUUCUGAUUGAAGGAGGGACACGAAAAGACAUCCUGAAGCUCUCAAAAAUAUUUAAAGGAAUUAUAACUGUGAGAUCCACAGAAGACAAUCUUAUGCUACUGGAUCUUUCUGCCCCAUUUUUCUGGCAAGAGAAUAUGCAGUACUAUGGGUGUAAGCGCUGUUCAUCUCCAAAGGCAGUGUCAAGUCUGGGCAGCCUUGUUGCACAGGAAGAUCCAUCAUGGGAGCCCACUACAAUAUCACAAGCUUUGGGAGUAGUACCCCUCCAGUAUGUCUUUCUGAUGAAGUUUACACUGGAUGAUGGAACCGGGACACUGGAUGUGUAUCUUAUGGACAGUGGAAAAUUCUUCCAAAUUCCAGCUUCCAAAGUCCUGAUCAGUAAUAUUUUUCAAGAGAAGAUGGAAAGGAUCAUGGAUAAAUUUUGCCCCACUGACAAUACUCUAGAUGAAUUGCCAUGGCUGGAAUGCUUCAUCAAAUCUUAUUACGUCAAGGAUAGAUUAGAAGAACAACUUUGCUAUCAGAUUUUUGAUACUACAAUUGCUGAAGAUGUCUGAAGAUACAUCUAGCCACUUGGAAGUCAUGAAUUAUAAUGCUUUGUAAUUUUUUGUAAAUGGAGAUAGCUUUAUAAAGGGUGUGGUUUUCUAUUAGAUGUGCAAAUGCUCAGAUUUGAGACAAGACUUCAGCAGGUUUUGACAUAUCCAGUUGCCCUGUGGAAAAUUCAUGUACAUUCUUGGAAAAUGUUUUUCAUUUCUUCAGAAUUUGGUUGUGUACUAUCCACUGUUCCAAAGGUCUGAACUGUCAACUCCCCAAAUAUUACCAGAGUAAUUGAGUAUACUCUAAUGUGGCUUUCAGAAAUGAGUGCAGAACCCUUUUUGUUACUAAUGAAGCAAGGGGUGCUCAGUUGAGUUGAGAGUGUUGUGAAUCUUCUAGACCAUUCUUCUGCUAUGAGUCUUUCAGUCCAGGGUGAGAGAAGUCUGUAAGUUCCACAUUGUAGCCUGCUGAAACAGACACAUUUUUAAAACCAUCACCUUUCAGGUCUUCUUUUGAUCGGUAUUGCAUCAUUGGGUCCUGCUGCAGUUCUAAGUGUGCAGCAUUUCCCUCUGUAUGGUACAGAAUGUGGUUUUAUCUGUUGCAGAGCCAUAGAUCCAUGUGUGGGUGGUCUUGGACUGCACAACACUGCACUUUCAGUUUUGUUUCUAUUUGUGUAUUGAAGAUGAAGGGCUAAAUACAUGAGCUCCAUUCAUAGAAAUACUUCAGAUCAUGCAUUAUAAACUCAUGCACUAGAAUCUCAUUCUGGCCAUAGAAAAUGGGGAAGAUUAAAUAAGAAACAAAUUACUACCAAAUACCUUUUACUAAGGUCUCUGUCCGAUAGUAGUUUUAACUGCAUCUGCUUACAAGAUCAUGUUGCACGUGAUCUAGGAAGCUAAAUUUGGUCUUGGAUUACACUCCUGCUGAUCUGCUUUUCUCUUUUGCAUAAUCUGAUUUGGGUGUCAGUUUAGAGAUGGGGACUUUCAGGCUAGUAAGUCACUAUAGUAAUUGGCUUCCAGAGUGAAACAAAUUACCCAGGGUUGGCUCUGUAUACCUUCAGUCCAGUGGAACAUUUCAGAAAUAUGCAUACUGUAUGCUAGACUUUUACUGCAUAAGCUUUCAUCCAAUGGCCAAGGAUUGCAUCAUAUUAAAAAUCAUUCAGUGCUUUCAUCAAUAAUGCAUUCCAAACUGCAUCAAAAUGUUUAAUAUUGUACACAGAGCCAAAUUUCUCUGGAGGGUUGUUCAUAUAGUUUCUGGAGGAUAAUAAGAAUAUAUUAUUCUUUCUGUGGUCUUUUCCAGUUCUUGGACUUCUUUUCUGUAUUUGUCGUCAUUCUGAUCUACAGAAGGUUUUAACUGUAAACCUACUGAUACAUGUGCUUUGUUAAUUAUUAUGAGGGUAGAAUCUCAUCAGAGCCUAUUACCUCAUCUGCAAAACGAAGAUAAUUGCUUUCUCAAAUUCUGUGGGCCUAGCUGCUUGCAUAUGACUGGCACUAAUUCUGAAGGCAGCUGCUUGUGACAACAUAGUGAGGCAAGUGAUCACUUAGGUAAAUACUUAAUCAGUGGGAUCAAGAGUUUGCAAUGAGAUUGAGUUAAUUUCAUGUAUGACCGUGAUUUGGAAUCAGUCAAGGACCACAAUCCCAAACUCCAUGCAAACAAACUUGGCUUUAUUGUUUGUUGAACAUUCCCCAUGCACCUGAUUAGUUCUCAGGAAAAUGCAAAAUUCCUGAACACUGAAGAAGUUGUAUGGAGCUGCACAAAUGUGGCGGGGCUGCCAUGUACACCACAGGAUCACUGGUGUAAGAUUGUAAUGCCUGAGAUGUAUUGUUGGAAUCCACUCUGAAAAGCCUGUUUCCAAAUAUUUGUUUGCUUUGUGGCAUUGACUUUCUAAUCAUCUUAGAAUUUGAUUCAACACAACAAAACUAAUCCAGUAUUUACAGAGUUAUAAAUGUUUUAUGUACAUGCACCCUUAAAUUAUGAUAGAAAUCAAGAAUCUUCUUGAUACAAUAAUUUUUAGAGCUGUAUUCAUUGUACUGAGUAAGCUCAGUUCAGUUACAUUACAACCUGAUUUCCCAGAGCCAGGGCAGAAAUCUCAGUAAAACCUUUUAUUGCAGUAAUGCUGGUAAUUAGCUGUAAGCCUUUAUAGUCCCCAUAAGGAUCCGUAAUUAAUAUAGUACAAUGUAUUUCCUUGACAAGAAUCAGUUAAUGAGCUGGACAACAAAAGACAUAAGCAUUCCUGGGCUCAGCAUAUUGGGAAGGUCCAAAUAAGUUCAUGGCUCUGGUGAUACUACACUUUCCAGGUUGCCAGUACAUUGCUUCCAGCAAGAUCUUUUGCAGGUUGUUCUGGUUUAAAUACAAACAACUGCUAAUGAUUAACCCUUCAGUAGGAAAGUUGUCCCUCAUCAGAUGCCUCUGCUGUGCCUCCUGUAAUUCAUGACACACCUGAGGAGCCAAGUCCAAAACAUGCUCUCCUGUAGAGACCUCCUGCUGAUGAUACUGCCACUCUGCUCCCAUAGAAGACAUCCCUGGUUGAGAAGCAUGGGCCCCCAUCAAGGAGGAUGGACCAUAUCAUUAGCUUGCAUCUCGUCUUCUCCUGGCUGAUGAGCUAGUGAAAAGCCAAGUGAAGGUUAGUUCUCAGGCCACUGGCUUCUCAUGGGUGGGUGUAACUCUACAGCUUUCCCUUCUGACCUUGAAUCAGGUUCACAAGCUAUCAGCUAUUGCUCCCUACAGACUAGAACAAAAAUGUUAGGGCAUGUAAGACGACUUGUGCAUUGUAAGACGUGUCAGGAUACUUAAUAGUGUAAAUACUUGUGUUCAAUAAACAUUUUCUUUCUUA